CGCCCGUGGGCAUUACACCAUUGGGAAAGAGAUUGUGGAUCUAGUUCUAGACAGGAUCCGGAAACUGGCUGAUCAAUGUACAGGUCUGCAGGGAUUCUUAAUAUUUCAUUCGUUCGGUGGUGGAACCGGUUCUGGCUUCACCUCUCUUUUGAUGGAGAGGCUGAGUGUGGAUUACGGCAAGAAGUCGAAGUUAGAGUUUGCCGUUUACCCUGCCCCUCAGAUAGCGACGGCAGUGGUUGAGCCCUACAAUUCCAUUCUCACUACGCACACGACUCUGGAGCACUCUGACUGUGCUUUCAUGGUGGACAAUGAGGCAAUUUAUGAUAUUUGCAGGCGAAAUCUUGAUAUCGAACGUCCGACGUACACUAAUUUGAAUCGUUUGAUUGGACAAAUCGUGAGUUCGAUUACUGCUUCUCUUCGUUUCGAUGGUGCUCUGAAUGUGGACUUGACGGAGUUCCAGACCAACCUGGUCCCUUAUCCACGCAUUCAUUUCCCUCUCGCCACGUACUCUCCGGUUAUUUCAGCCGAGAAAGCUUACCACGAGCAACUGAGUGUUGCUGAGAUAACUAAUGCAUGCUUCGAGCCAGCCAAUCAGAUGGUGAAGUGUGAUCCGCGUCAUGGGAAGUAUAUGGCGUGUUGCAUGUUGUACCGCGGUGACGUGGUUCCGAAGGACGUGAACGCAGCGAUCGCGACCAUCAAGACGAAGCGUACCAUACAGUUUGUUGAUUGGUGUCCGACUGGUUUCAAGGUGGGUAUAAAUUAUCAGCCUCCUACGGUGGUUCCGGGUGGUGAUUUGGCGAAAGUUCAGCGAGCGGUGUGUAUGCUGAGCAAUACAACAGCCAUUGCGGAGGCUUGGGCUCGAUUGGACCACAAGUUCGAUUUAAUGUACGCUAAGCGUGCUUUCGUGCACUGGUAUGUUGGAGAGGGUAUGGAAGAGGGCGAAUUUUCUGAGGCCCGAGAAGAUCUUGCGGCACUGGAGAAGGAUUACGAGGAGGUUGGUGUGGAUAGUGUUGAAGGCGAGGGAGAAGGUGAAGGUGAAGAGUACUGAUCUGCUUAUCCUGCUUUGUUUAUUCUUUAAUAUUCAUUAUAUUUGUUCGUUCUCGU